GCUCCACCUUUACCUUUCUCCCACCAUAUCUUCUUCUAAAUCCAACAGAGCCUUGUGCGAAACCAAACAUCCAGUAUCCAAAGCUAAGCCAAAAACAGAAGCUUUUAAGCUAUCCCACCUAAAAGAAACAGAGAGAGAUGCGUAGCUAUGGCUUAAUUAUCCCCGGAAGCGAUGCCUCUCGCUUCUGCUUCUCCUCCACCACCGGUUCUUCCACCGUGACGUCCAAGGCCGAUCCAAUUCUCCGCUUCAAGCCGGUGACACGUUUCCCACGCGCGUCGUUCAAAACGAAGGCUGCUGUGCAGGAAAGCAUCUCCACCGAUAUGAGCUUCUAUGAGCUUCUGGGGAUUCCUGAGUCCGGUACAUUGAUUGAGAUAAAGCAGGCUUAUAAGCAGCUCGCCAGGAAGUACCAUCCGGACGUGUCACCGCCGGAUCGAGUAGAGGAGUAUACCCAGAGGUUUAUUCAGGUUCAGGAGGCUUAUGAGACUCUCUCGGAUCCAAGAAGUAGAGCUCUUUAUGAUAGGGACAUGGCUCGGGGUCUUCACCUGGCGUUUUCUGCUAGGAGAAGAUACCAGAACGACGAGGAACUGGAAGUGAGAGGCGAGUGGAAGAAUCGGUGGGAAGCUCAGCUAUCAGAAUUGAAGAGAAGAAGCAUGAACAAGGAUGCAGAAGGGAACAUGUCUUGGGCAGCUCGAAUGCGCAGGCAACGAGAGCGAAUGUCACAACAAGUAUAAAUAGUUUAUGGUUUUGUUCUGUAUAUACGUCUUUCAAUUUUCUCCAUGGUUGGCAUUGAGAUAAAGAUAAGAGAGUAAUGAAGAUGCUGUCUGGUUAAGCAUUUGGGAUGAAACAGCAGAAGCAUAUCUGCCAUUGCUAACCAAAUAGAUAUAGAAAAUCGGAAAUCAGAAAUCUUGUAUAGUUGGUUUUUAUGAUGCAUAUAAUGAUCAAUAGUAUGAAUGAUGCUCAGCUUUAGAAACUAAAA